ACACUUGGGAUAUCCUUGAAUUUCAAGGUAAAGACUAAUGCCAAAAAGAGCUUUUCUAAUGUAUUACUCAUAUUUGAGAUGGAAAUAGAACUUCUAAUCAGCUACUACUUGAAAAGAUAUUAGAAAUAGGCCUAUCCAUUUGACUUAUGUAACUCUUAAUAAGACAAAAUUAACUUUAUUUGAUUUAUUGUCUUAAAGCCCAAGUCUCUCUUAAUAUAAACCAAAUAAUUUACAACAAGAGACCUUGUCCAUUUCUCUAGAAAGAAAGCAAAGAAAACUUCCUCAGAAGUUCCAUGAAAAUGCUCAAAAAACAAUAUUAGAAACAGAGAGAGAGAAAAAUGGGGAGAGCUCCUUGUUGUGAUAAAGCUAAUGUGAAGAGAGGACCAUGGUCACCAGAAGAAGAUGCUAAGCUUAAGGAAUUCAUAGACAAAUAUGGCACUGGUGGUAAUUGGAUUGCUCUUCCUCAAAAAGCUGGAUUAAGGAGAUGUGGAAAGAGCUGUAGAUUGAGAUGGCUGAAUUAUCUAAGGCCUAAUAUCAAACAUGGUGAUUUUUCUGAUGAGGAAGAUAGAGUUAUAUGCAGCUUGUAUGCCAGCAUUGGAAGCAGGUGGUCAAUUAUAGCAGCUCAAUUACCAGGAAGGACUGACAAUGAUAUAAAAAACUAUUGGAACACAAAGCUCAAGAAGAAGGUCAUGGGUUUAAAAUCACCUUUCUUUCCACCAACCCAAACCCAAACAUUUUCAAGUCUGUUUAGAGAUUCAUAUUACACCACAACUAGGUCUCUCACUGGUGGCUUAGAGCACAUUUCAUCAGCCCAACCAAAUCUUAUCAUGUGCACUAGCAAUAACAUGAACUUUAACUUUGAGUUGGGGACAAAUCAAUAUUCCUAUUUUCAGCCAUGUCAAGAUCAGAGCUUAAUGAAUCCCAUGCAAGCAACUUGUUCCUCAUCUGAUGGAAGUUGCAACCAAAUGAGCUAUGGAAAAGACAUUAAACAAGAGGAAAUGGGCAGUUGUUUACAGAGUCACAUUCCAACAACUUUUGAAGAAACCACCCAAAAAUUUACUCUUGAUUAUGGUAACAAUAUUGGACGUGGUAAUGAUCACCAGCUUGGCACUUGGGCUGAUCAAAAGUCAAAUGGAUAUCAAAGUAGUCAAUUCCAGUAUUAUGAUAUUGAAGAAGUUAAGGAGCUGAUUAGUAGCUCUAGCAGUGGCAAUGGAUGUAAUAACAACAGUUUUUUCUUCUACAAUGAUGAAAACAAGACAAAUGAGAGAGGGAUGCACUAUUAAUGAGGAUCGGAGAAAAAUUCAAAUAGGUGGCCGGGGUUAAUUUGUGUACUUGUGAUGGAAUUGAAUUAAUGAAAAGCUUCUAUUUUGCUUCCACAGAGGUUUUGCUUUCUGUGCAUUUCGUUUUUGUAGUUAUCAUGUAAUAUCGUUAUCAUUAUAUGUGUAAUGUCUAUGCUUUUGUCCCCUA